UUACUAAUUUUAACAAAAAAAAUCAAAAGUGGACAAAUGGAAAAUGGAGGGAGUAAAACAUUAAGAUAUAUUUACGUCAAUUCAUUUUUUUUGUAUUUCACAAAUUAGAUUAAUUUGAUGCAGAAAACAGCAGUUUUCGCAGUAUACAGGGGCGAUGGCUGUACAGCUUUCCUGUGCGUGGCUUAACGGUGCCGCAAUCCCUUCCACGGCCGGACGUUAUCCUCACUGCCGGAGCAUUCCUCCGACGGCUCUCUCUGCGGCGGCGUGCGCUUCUUUUCCUCCAUCUUCUGUCGAGAUCAUUGGUGGAAAAACUAAUGAGUUGUACUUAAAUGAGAGUUCAAAACUUUGUACUAUUUUAGAGGGAUGCCAAGAAAAGUAUGAUUGGAAUGAUUUGGAGACUGAUCUCUAUUACUGGACAAAACAACUAAGACCAGUUCAGUGGUAUCCUGGCCAUAUUGCCAAAACCGAGAAAGAGCUCAAGGAACAGCUGAAAUUGAUGGAUGUUGUCAUAGAGGUUCGCGAUGCAAGGAUUCCUAUGUCAACUAGUCAUCCCCAGAUGGACUCCUGGCUCGUCAAGGAAUAAAAGUUGUGUUCUCCAAUGGACAACUGGGUAUGGGAACCAUGAAGCUAAGUCGCUUAGCAAAAACUUUAGCAGGAAGUGUGAACAUAAAGCGACGGGCAAAAGGGUUACUUCCUCGUCCAGUUCGAGCAGGAAUCAUUGGGUAUCCAAAUGUUGGUAAAUCAUCUCUGAUCAAUCGGCUACUGAAGCGUCGAAUGUGUCCUGCUGCUCCAAGACCAGGUGUUACUCGAGAACUUAAGUGGGUCCGUUUAGGGAAAGAUUUAGAACUGCUGGAUUCUCCUGGCAUAAUUCCAAUGAGGAUUAGUGAUCAGACGUCGGCAAUAAAGCUUGCCAUAUGCGACGAUAUUGGCGAAAAAUCCUAUGACGUGACAGAUGUCGCUGCUAUUCUUGUGCAAAUGCUCUCUAGGCAUCCUACUUUAGGCAAUAAAGUUCAGGACCGCUACAAAAUCAAGAUCGAUGGCCACUGUGGUAAACUGUUUGUCCAGAAACUCGCGCUUCAAUUGUUCAA